CAACCGCUGCUCAAACAGGAAACAGGAAGUGGAGAAACAUACAUAUAUCAACACAGUGGAGAUCAGUCAUUCACCUUCUGUCACAGGAGGAUCGUCUGUCAGCCUGUCAGUCACAGCUGAGGGCAGAGUUUGAUCAUGGGUAACAUGUUGGGUCGGACAUCGCAGCAGCGUCUGAGCGUCCAGAUGAAUGGACAGGAGGUUCUGCAGGAGGACCGGCUGAUGUCGGAGCUGUCGGGUCUGCCGGCGGUGGAUCUGUGGCGGGUCCAUUGGGGUCUGAGUCAGGACCACCUGCAGGACUUCCCGCCCGUCCCCCCUCGCUGGCUCUGGACCGCCGACACCGUCGGCACCACCAAGAUCCUGCUGCAGUGUUACCAGCAGGAGGGGGCGCUGACAGUGCUGGCGGAGGUCCUGGCAUUGAUUGGGAGGGAGGGUCAGGUCUACAACCUCUGCAGGUCCCACUCCCCGGUUCCACCGAGACCUGGGCCCAGUCCAAGACCCGGUCCAGACUUUGUCAGAAUGCAACGCAGGAAGCUGAUCAGCAGGAUGCAGCGGCCCCAAGUCGUCCUGAACGUCCUGCAGCAGCACGGGUUCUUGAAGACCUCACACAGUGAAGCCAUCAACAUCUACGCCCUCCGCAAGCACAAGAACCGGGUUCUCGUGGACUUGGUCCUGAGGAAUGGGGACAAAGCACAAGAAGUGUUCUACCAGGUUCUCAGCCAAUCAGAACCAUUCCUGCUGCAGGAGCUGGACCACGAUCCAAUCAGGGACAAGCAUGCCUCAGAGACGUCUGUCCUCACAGAGAUGUUGGAGUGUCUGGUGUCAGACGAGCUCAGAGCUUUCCAGUGGUUGGUCAGUGAUCACCUGUCAGGAGAAAGCUGCCCUCCCAUUGGUGGAGAGCAGCUGGAGCACGCAAACAGGCUGACGACAUGGAGACUUUUGGAGAAACACUUUGGACCCGAACAGGCGGAAAACGUCGCUCGGAACGUCCUGCUGAAGAUUGUCCUUCCACACAGUCUGCCUCUGAGAGGAGAAGCUGUGACAUCAGAGAGCUCGUUUGUUAGCAGAGAGGAGACGGAAGCUAACACGACACCGGUUGAGAUUACACCUGAAGUCCACAAGGACGGCGACAUGUUUAGGUUGCGGUGUCUGCAGCCUGGUGUCUUCCGCUGCCUUGAGACCGGUCUGCUGUUGGAGGGUUUUGGUGAUGUGGUCUACCAGACGGUUCCCUGGGACGUGGACUUCUUGUCCUCUAAAGGUCUGAGGCCUGCCGGACCGCUGUUCAGGUUCACCCUGCUGACAGGAAGCUUCCACCGACUCCACCUGCCGCACUGCCAGCUGCUCUCAGACGGCGGUCAGGACCUCCUGCGUGUGGCUCAUGCGACUGAGGACCGUGUGGACUUCCUCACACCUGGUAAGGUGACAGGCGGUCACGUGGUGGUCGACGUGUCCGGCUUCUCCUGCUUCGGUCUGGUGAUGCCGGCGGCGUCCGGCGAUGCAAUCAGUGGCCUCGUGCUUCUGUUCUCUCGGCUGUCGGACAACGUGAUGCUCAACUCCUCGCUGUACGUCCUGCUGCUGCCCAGGAACGUUGUCAUCACGCAGGUGAUGAAGGAGUGGAAGAGACGGAUCGGGGCGGAGUAUGUGGAAGCUCUGCCUGAAUGUGAGCUGAUCCCAAAUCAGACGUACGAACUGGACGGACAGCCCGUCACUGUCGUCCAACCUGAGAGCGCUAAGUUUGUGAACUUCAACGACUACAACAAUUUCCUGCCAUCGUUCGAGGUUCAGCUGGAGGCGGAGGUGAGGAGGGUGGAGCUGAAGCUCAGGACUAAAGUGUCUCUGAUCCAUCUGAUUGGCUGGCUGCUGGGGUCCACUCAGUGUGCGGUGUGGAGUCGAGUUGUCCAGCUGAAAGGUGUUUCCUCAGCUGUCUGUGCUGCAGUUGGUGUUUCAGACUCGUUGGAAGUGACGUUCCUGCUGCUCAACAUGCUUAACUCUCUGCGUUCAGACGAUCUAAAAACCUUCAAGCAUCUCCUGAGUCUGCAGUCCGAUCCGAUCCCGCUCAGCCGGCUGGAGGCGGCCGACAUCGCCAGAACCGUGGACCUGAUGGUCCAGAAGUACCAGAACGAGGGCGCCAAGCAGGUCGCCCAGGACAUCCUGAGGAGGAUGGACCAAAACCAGCUGGCAGAUCACCUGCACAACACCUGAACACCUGGAUGAUGUCACAAAGGUCUCGACUCGUCUGUUUGAAGUUUCAGGUUCAGAACAGAAGAAGAAUCAGUCACAUGAGAGCUCAGGUGUCUCAGUGUUGUGCAGAUUUCAGCCACUAGAGGGCAGAACAGGAAGUUAUCGAUCAUAUCACCUGUCGUUACAUCAUCAGGUCUUAACCAGAAAGUGAUGAGCUGAUAACUGUCACGGUGAUGUUUAGAGGUGCAGGUUCAGGUGUUCAUUAGAAAUAUCAUCAGUUUAAUAUCUUCUAUAUUUCUUUAAUGAAAUGUUUUUAUUUUAUUUCCUGGAUCAGUUCUAAAGCCGUCUGUGAGAAAAGGAGGAAACUUUCAGAAAAGAAAGAGGAAACAGGAAAUGCUCUGAGCGUCUCCUUUAAUGUGCUUAAUAUUCCGUUAUUGGUCUAAUUAACACCGACAGAAGACGUCCUGACAGCUGCAUUAUUAUUAAUUCUACAACUAAACAUCGGAGCUGUGAAGUGUUUGGUUCAGGAGGCUGAGCUAAGAUCAAUAUUCAUUUUAAUAGUAGUGAAAUAGCAGUGAUGUAUUUUUAUAUAUUUGUUACAUGCACAUAUUGAACUGUUACAGCUGUCUGUUGAAGCGACACAUAACUUUAAACAUACAGUGACACUAAAAAAAGAAAACGCAGGCGGCUGGGAGCCAAUAAAAUAUUGUAAAAUAACAGAAACUAACCUAAAUAAUUAAAGUACAGUUUAUAACUUUUUUUUAUAACUUUUACAUGAAAUCUUUUGAAUUUUUUUUAGCUUUUCAAUGAUUAAUAAGGGUAUUUCCACCUAUAAAACUAUUCAAUUUACUAUACAAAUGU